CGAUGAAUAUGUCUUUGGAACAAAGUCGAUUUUUACUGUUGAGAAGUUGCAUUUUGGAACACAAACGCAUUAUAAAAUAUGUAAACUUUAUGAAUGAAUGGACAGCGAUAUUCUUGCUCAUAUUUUUUAGUUCUACGUCUUUUCAACUUGGCUCAUUACUGCUUCAAAUGACUGACAUUGAGUAUGUGGAAGAAUUAAUUUCCGGAUUGGGAUUCAUGGUAUUAAAUCUUUGUAACGUAUUUAUAACAUGUAUAAAUGCAGACAGCAUUCAAUCUGAGAGCAUAACGAUAAAUAAAUAUAUUUAUAUGUAUUCUGAAUGGGAAAACAAUAAUUUGGAGUACAAUGUUUUGGUGCAAAUAAUGAUGAUGAGGUCUCAGUCAGCUCUAGUCAUAUUUAUGGGACCAUUUGGCGAAAUAUCCAAUUAUACAUUAGUUAGUGUUAUAAAAGCUGCGUUUUCUUAUUUGGCUUUUUUUAAGAGUAUUUUUAAAUAAUGGACACUUUCUAUGUAUUAGAAUUACAUCUUGAAAUGACCAGAACACUUAUUUGUAGCAGAAUUACGAACUACUUUUAUACACAGUUUUUUCCAUGACA